CCCCAUUUCAACUGAUCACGAUCCAAAUAUAAACCGACUGAGUCUCACCUGUCCGAGAGGAAGUAGAAAUGGAAAUGAGUAAGUACAGCAGCAGUUUUAGUUAGUGGUUAGCAGCACACAAGGCUCAGCUAAGGUCGCGUACGGGCCCCAUUCCAUCUGUUUGUUAUAUAGUCAGCGAGGCCGACUUCAUUUGUGACCGUGUUUUGUUUUGGUGGAUACGUAAUAACCGCGACAACUCGCGAUUUUUGUUUCUAUUUUGUUUUGUUGUUGUGUUUCGACCCGAAAUGGGAAAUAAAUUGUGCAAAAAGAAAUCUGAUAGUGUGGAUAAUUCUAACAGCAAAUCACCCUCGCAGUUCGAUAGGAUUAUCAAUAGAUUGCAUAUUCGACCUAAUUCCUGGAAAUCGGAUCCGCAGCUGAACCAGAAACAAGUCAAAAGAAUUGAAAAAAGCCCCAACGAAAAACCAAACAAUGUGAUAAAUAGCAAACCACUAUCAAAAUCAUCCGACUGGACUGAAGUAGAUCUAGAAGUUCCCGAACACGAAGAACCGAUUCAUUUAACUAAUCCAAAACUUAAUUUAAUAUUCAAUACCGAAAAAGGCACACCUACCCCUCCUCCAAGGAAACACAAGAAGAAUCUUAGAGAAAAAAUAGAAGCUGUAGCUAAAUCAGGUUUACAAGCUUUUCAAUCUAAAAAGCCAGUCGAAGAUACUCAACCUAAAAAACCAGUGGAAGAAGAAUUAUGUGUUAAGAAAACCAUAAGCUACAAAUGCCCUAUUUGCGAUCAAGAUGAGGCUACGCAUAACAGAGAUCACCAUCAUCAUCUACAUAAUCAUCAACAUUUGGAAAAGAAGAGUGAAAAUGAUAAGAUUGAUAAAUUAGACAAUCUUAGAACGGACAAAGAGAAUUUGAAGAGGAAGAAAACAUUAUCUGUGACUUCGCUGCCUAAUUAUGAUGAAUUGAAAUUUACUGUUGCCGAAUUUGAUGAAAACGACAAAGGUCUUCCCUCUCUAAAACACGAACUGAAAUCGCCUUCAUCACAAAUAUCAUUACCAAUCGACGCCAAAAAAUCCACAGGUUCGUCGGGAAAAUUAGACACAUACAUAACAAGAUGUCGUAGCUUUGGAUCACUUUUUCCUCAGCAGCUGAAAAAGUUACGACCCAGAAAAGCACCAGCGGAUAUUGAAAGCGAUGAUUCAUUUGGAGGAUUAGAAGAUUGGGAUUUAGGUCUGAUUGAACAUUAUAAUCCAAAAGAUGCAAGCUUGCCGAGACCAAGGAAACCCAAAAGAAGCGAUGAUAGUAUACUAGCGGAUCUAGAAAGUAUGAUCGUUAAAGAGGAAGACAUUGAACAGCCUAAACCUCCUGUUCGUCGAUCAGAAUCUCUUGUUAAGAAACUGAACCGGGAAGCAGCUCAAACUGCGUAUAACAGAUCAAACGAAUUACUUAAUAAUAUAAAGAAAGUUGACACUUCAUCUUCUUUAUCAAAACCGGUAGAGACAAAACCUUUUUCUCAGUUUCCAACAGAAGAAGAUGGUCAAGUCGAACACUCGAGUUUGAUGAAAAUUUUGGAAAAAUUUAGUAUGGCAGACAAACAAAAUCACAAAAAUGAUAAUAAUUUAAAUAGUAAUGAAUCUUCACUAACACCUUCGUUGGUUGAAUUCGAAAAAAAUAUAGUGAUAAAUUGCGUAGAUGAUGCUGAAAAAAUUAAUAAAAACAAAGAUGUGAAUAUCACAGAGAAAAAUGUUAAUUCAGUUAAGACUUAAUUAUUUAUUUUGUCUUCUUAGGUGGUUUUAAUAAUAUAACUAGCUUAAUAAUUUAAUGAAUUAAUUUUGAUAUGUAAAUAUAUAUAAAUGAGCUAUU